AUGAGCUCGCAUGUAGGCUUUCUGCUGGAGAAGUUUUGCCAAACUUUAAGGAUGAUAUACCUGGGAUGUUUCCUUUUGCUCUGUGGGCUCACGCAUGUCAUGGCAAGUUAUCCCAUUUGGUGGUCACUGGCAGUGGGCCAUCAGUACUCAUCCCUCGGCACUCAGCCUAUCCUCUGUGGCAGUAUACCCGGUCUUGUGCCCAAGCAGCUGCGAUUCUGCCGGAACUACGUGGAAAUCAUGCCCAGCGUAGCCGAGGGGGUUAAGAUUGGCAUCCAGGAAUGCCAGCACCAGUUCAGAGGCCGACGCUGGAACUGCACCACAGUCACUGACAAUCUAGCCAUUUUUGGGCCAGUGUUAGAUAAAGCCACUCGAGAGUCAGCAUUUGUUCAUGCUAUCGCCUCUGCGGGAGUGGCAUUUGCAGUGACCCGUGCCUGCGCAGAGGGUUCAGCCACCAUCUGCGGAUGUGACACACGCCACAAGGGCCCCCCUGGUGAGGGAUGGAAGUGGGGUGGCUGCAGCGAGGAUGUGGAGUUUGGGAGCAUGGUGUCUCGAGAGUUUGCUGAUGCAAGAGAAAAUCGCCCUGAUGCACGCUCAGCCAUGAACCGUCAGAACAAUGAGGCAGGAAGAAUGUCCCUUAACGACAACAUGUUCCUGAAGUGUAAGUGCCAUGGGCUCUCAGGCAGCUGUGAGGUCAAGACAUGCUGGUGGUCCCAACCUGACUUUCGAGUUAUUGGAGACUACAUGAAGGAUAAGUACGACAGUGCAUCAGAGAUGGUGGUGGAGAAACAUAAGGAGUCCCGUGGAUGGGUGGAGACCCUGAGACCCAAGUACAACUACUUCAAACCCCCAACAGAGCGUGAUCUGGUUUAUUAUGAAAGCUCUCCCAAUUUUUGUGACCCAAAUCCCGAGACCGGUUCAUUUGGCACCCGUGAUCGGAUCUGCAACCUGACGUCUCAUGGCAUAGAUGGGUGUGACCUACUCUGCUGCGGCAGAGGCCACAACACCAGGACUGAGAAGAGAAAGGAGAAGUGUAACUGUAUUUUCCACUGGUGCUGCUAUGUCAGCUGUCAGGAGUGUGUGAGAGUCUACGAUGUGCACACCUGCAAAUAAGGACAUCUGGUUCUUUGCCUUCCAAAAUGUAAAGACAACAAGUAAACUAACAAACGCAGCAACUUAUCUACAAAACAUGAGACACUGUGAAAUAGUCUGACCUAUCCAUGGACUCCAGGGGCAGACCUAACAGGUGUUUUGUGCUGUGAUGCUGGA